AUGUCGAAAUUCGCUGCGAACCAGAUUGAUGACCAGGACACCAACGACACUCUUGGUGCAGACGUUCCCGAGGGACAGGUCCAAGACGAUUCGUACACGACAGGUACUCAGAACGAGGCAAUCCCUGUUCAGGGCGACGAUGCUCCAGUCGAAGACCCAAUCCAGGCAUCAGCUGCGGACAGCGAUGAGCAACUGGCACAAGAUGACAGAGAAGCCAUUGACAAGUCCAACAUCAUUGGCGAGAGAACUCGUGGUUCCAAACCGAUGGGGUCGUAUCAAGAGCCCAGCGAUGAGCAGAUGGGAUUGACUGAAUAA